AUGUAUUUGAUUUUUCAUGUAAAUGCUGAUGGUACAGUGGUGGAAGAAAAGUCUCAGUUUGAACCUGAUGAAGUCUACAGUUAUUGCCAGCAACUAUUCCACUGGGCUCUCCAUUUAAUGGAGCUUGAUGACACAGCCAAAGAGGGAGACAGUGAUAGACUUAUCCAUAAUGCCAAGAUGAACAUUCCAUUCUUUUUUGCCCAUUCUUCACAGAGUAAAUAUUUUGUGGAGAAUAUUGACUUUCUCAUUAAAGUCUGCUACUUGCUCUCUCCAAUGAUGAAAGAACUUGUCCUUGACACAGCUUUCAUUAACACCAAGGGAGGAAUUUCAAAUUGUGUUGAGGCUGACCUAGUGCAGGAACACAGCAUAAAGAAUCAGAAGGCGCUCAUCAAACAACUUGGUGCCAACAAGACCAAAAACGCCAUGAUAACAGCAACAGGUGCAGCAAGUGCAAUAUUCAAAGUUUGUGACAACCUGAGGAUAUCUCUUGGAGUCAAACGACAGUCAACCAGACAUUCCAAAAGGAUUUGUAUUUCUCAGAUAGAGUCAAUUCAAAAAUCACUUAAUGAAUUGAGGCCAUUUCAUCAUUGUGCAGGAAGAAAGUGUCAUGGGUUUAAGGGCAUUGUAUCAUCCCCUUUCAGAAAGUUCACAAAAUCUAGUCUUUUCAUCAGAGUCCAAGAUAUUGUGUUCAGAUUGAUGAAAGGUGAUCAUAUUGACAUGGAUGACAGAUGUAAUCAGUCUGAUGAUACCAGUGAUUCGGUUGCUGCUGCUGAUGAUGGCGAUAGUGAUGAUGAACUUCCACCUGUGUAGUUGUGGCAGAGUGAUAUUUUGUAUAUACAACUUAUGUUAUAAUUCUAUUUUAGCCAUAGUUUUAUUAAAGGCGACUAUGCUUGUCGUAUAAGGCGACUAACGGGAUCGGGUGGUCAGGCUCGCUGACUUGAUUGAUCCAUGUCAUCGAUCCCAAUUGUGUGGAUCAAUGCUCAUGAUGUCAAUCACUGGAUUGUAUGGUCCAGACUCGAUUACUUUACAGACCAUCGUCAUAUAGCUGGAAUAUUGCUGAGUGCGGCGUUAAACAACAAACAAACAAAACAUUCAGAAUUUAAUUCAUGGAGCCAAUGGACGUGUUAAUUUCAUGGAUUUGAAGGUUAGUUGUAGUGUAUUUCUUCUGUGAUGCUUUAUAUGUAUUUGUGUAUUUCUAAAUCUUACAGUUAGAAAUAGGUUGUGCUAGGUUUAUUGCUAGUCAGGUUGUGUAUUGAAUUCACAGUUCAGUGUAUCUGGUUAUGAUUAUUUUAUAUGAUAAAGUAUUAUCAUGAUUGUAAAGAAGUUUCUUUAAUUGAUAAAUAGUUAUUUUUUUCUAGGCUAUUAUCAUCUUAACCUGAACAUUAACUAAGUAAAACUAAACCCUAAAUAAACUCAUAGUAAUUCUCAUACCUCAUGCAGUAAUUCUCAUACCUCAUGCCGCCCUCGAAACGAUCUUCUUCCAUGACACAAUGAUUAAUGUAACGUUCACCUCGACGUCGGUAUACGCGAAUCCGUCCGUGGGGAUUGCAUAAAAGUCAACUUUUGCAUGAAAUGCAUGCUUUUCUGUAGCAGUUGCGGUUUUGUGACUUGAUUCCAUAUAUGUACUACAAUAUUGAAAACCAAACUUUACUUGUUUGAAAAAUACACUAAAAUAUUGGUGUCACAGGAACUUUUGUUGUUGAGUAUAUAUUACUGUAUCUUUCUGCAGGUUACUUACUACAUGAGUAACAUAGGUUUCUCGCUAUUUCUCGCUAUUUUAAGUUAUAUAAUUGAAUGUCCAUUAGAUUUAAGGCCAUUCUGUAUAUUAUAACAAUGUCAUUGUUCUAUGUCUUUUGUGCAGUAUGUCUUAUUAUUUAUACAUUGUUUCACAGCAUAUUUAUUCCCCUCUCUCUUCUGAGAAAAUAAACAUCCAUCAGCUCACA